AACGCGCCUGGCCGAGCACGCGGCCCCUCUGGCUCUGCGCGAUGCGGCCGCUCACGGAGGAGGAGACGCGCGCGCUGUUCGAGAAGCUGGCCCGAUACAUCGGCGAGAACAUCCAGCUCCUCGUCGACCGGCCGGAUGGGGCCUACUGCUUCCGCCUGCACCGGGACCGAGUCUAUUACCUCAGUGAGAGAAUCUUGAAACUUGCUACAAACAUCCCUCGAGAGAAUCUGGUUUCACUGGGCACCUGCUUUGGAAAGUUCACCAAGACUCAGAAGUUCCGGCUCCACGUCACUGCCCUGGAUUAUCUUGCCCCCUAUGCCAAGUACAAAGUGUGGGUGAAGCCCGGCGCAGAGCAGUCCUUCCUUUACGGGAACCACAUACUGAAAUCCGGCCUUGGGCGCAUCACAGAGAACACUGCCCAGUACCAGGGUGUGGUGGUAUAUUCCAUGGCGGACGUCCCGUUGGGCUUCGGAGUGGCAGCCAAGUCCACCCAGGAGUGCCGAAAGGUGGACCCCAUGGCCAUCGUGGUGUUCCAUCAAGCAGAUAUUGGGGAGUAUAUUCGGCACGAGGAGACACUGACUUAAAUACAGGGACAGAAAACUCCCAAGGACUUCACCCCAGAUGGAAACUAAAGAGACUGUUUUGGACAGAGAGCGAACGGCCCAGCUGUGCAGGCCGCUUGCAGUGUGGAGGAGCUGCCAGCAGCGUCUCUCUGCCUCUCGUCUGAUGGACUGACAGCCUCAGAGGCCGUACUGGCCGGCACGAAUGCUGUGGUGCAGCUGCAGGCCUGCCAUUUUUGAGGACCGAAGUUAUAAACUCUUCUGCAAGAUGCUAA